AUGGAGUCUUCAAGGCAUGAACGCUCUUGUCACCGGAGGAACCAAAGGAGUCGGGAGCUUGCAAGUCUUGGAGCAAGAAUCCAAACAUGUGCUAGAGACGAAUCUCAGCUUAAUCAGUGUUUACAAGAAUGGAAGAUGAAAGGCUUUAACGUCACAGGCUCAGUCUGUGAUAUAUCGUCUCGUGCUGAUAGAGAGAAGCUGAUGCAAACUGUUUCUUCUCUCUUUGAUGAAAACCUCAACAGAUUAGUGUUAAAUGAAUGUGAUGGUAUUGUUCAGUUUAUACUUGGAGAGGAGUUUUCUAAGAACAUUGCACCAAACACACCAAUGCGCCGCGCUGGAGAGCCAGAAGUGGCAGCAGUAGCUGUGUUUAUACUUGGUGAGGAGUUUUCUAAGAACAUAUAA